AUGUCUAUGAAUGAUCAGACAAUUAAAAUUGAACCACCAGAAUAUUCACCAGAAGACAUUAAACUCGAAAUGGAGGAUGAAUUUGAUUAUCCUGAUGUUGCUGUUAAAUCUGAAUCGUGUUCUGAAGAUGAUGAUACGUGUUUAGAAAGAUUCAUGAAUUCCGAGGUGAAAAUUGAAGAAGAAGUCAAACAGGAGUUAGUUGAAACAUUAACUCAUGAAUGUGACAUUUGCAAUAGAUUAUUUACGGAAACACAUCAUUUAAAAGAGCAUAUGAUCGAUCAUAUGCCUAAUGAUAGCAAAGAAAGUCCUUUCAAAUGCGAAAUCUGUUACAAGACUUUCAAUCAAUUACGUAAUGUGAAACAGCACAUGCUCAUUCACAGUGUAUAUGCAAAAAAAACAUUUGCGCUAUCUUGUAAUCUGAAAAGUCACAUGCUUAUUCACAGUGGAGUACGUUCUCAUGAAUGCAGUAUAUGCAAAAAAACAUUUGCGCAAUCGAGCAAUCUGAAAAGUCACAUGCUGAUACAUAGUGGAGUACGUCCUCAUGAAUGCAAUAUAUGCAACAAGACAUUCACGCAAUCAAGUUCUCUGAAAAGUCACAUGCUGAUGCACCAAAGAGUACGCUCUCAUGAAUGCAAUAUAUGCAACAAGACAUUCACAAAAUCAAAUGAUCUGAAACGUCACAUGCUGAUACACAGUGGAGUACGUCCUUAUUAUUUAAAAAUGUCGGAGGAAACAAUUAUGUCUAUGAAUGAUCAAACAAUUAAAAUUGAACCACCAGAAUAUUCACCAGAAGACAUUAAACUCGAAAUGGGGGAUGAAUUUGAUGAUCUUGAUGUUAUUGUUAAAGCUGAAUCGUGUUUCGAAAAUGAUGAUACGUGUCUAGAAAGAUUCAUGAAUUCCGAGGUGAAAAUUGAAGAAGUCAAACAUGAGUUAGUUGAGUCAUCAACUUAUGAAUGUGAGACAUUCACACUUUUAUGUAAUCUGAAAUCCCACAUGCGCUUACAUAGUGGCGAGCGCCCUCAUGAAUGCGAUAUAUGCAAUAAGACAUUCAAGCAGUCAAGUAGUCUGAAAAGUCACAUUCGGAUGCACAAAGGUGUACGCCCUCAUGAAUGCAAUAUAUGCAGUCUGAAGAGUCACAUGUUGUUACACAGUGGAACACGUCCUUAUGAAUGCAAUACAUGCAAAAAGUCAUUCACAAAAUCAAAUAAUCUGAAGCAUCACAUGCUGAUGCAUAGUGGAGUACGUCCUUAUGAAUGCAAUAUAUGCAAUAAUACAUUCACACUUUUACGUGAUCUAAAAUGCCACAUGCGCAUUCACAGUGGUGAGCGCCCUUAUGAAUGCAAUAUAUGCAACAAGACAUUCACGCAAUCAAGUAAUCUGAAAAAUCACAUGCUGAUACACAGCAGUGAGCGUCCCCAUGAAUGCCAUGUAUGCAAAAAGACAUUCACAGAAAGAGGUAAUCUGAAACGGCACAUGCUGAUACACAGUGGAGUACGCACUCAUGAAUGCAAUAUAUGCAAUAAGAAAUUUACACUAAAGGGUGCUCUGAAAAGGCAUAUGCAGAUUCAUAAACGAGAGCAUCCUGAUAAAUGUGAAGUAUGUAAUAAGGAAUUUACUCAAUCGGACGAUUUGAAGAGACAUAUGGUACUCCACAGUCAGAAGCAUGGUGAAGAUCAAUGA